CUGUUCCCCGGUAGGCCGUCAUUGUAAAUAAGAAUUUGUUCUUAACUGACUUGCCUAGUCAAAUAAAUAAAAAUUGUAACUGUGAUAAUUUUACCCAGUUCAGAACCAUGGACAGCGACCAUUCACCCAAUUUCACCGAGUUUAUCACGAUUUGUUUUCAAAUUCUUUGUGGGUCUGUGUAAUCUGAGGGAAAUAUGUGUCUCUAAUAUGGUCAUACAUUGGGCAGGAGGUUAGGAAGUGCAGCUCAGUUUCCACCUCAUUUUGUGGGCAGUGUUGCACAUAGCCUGUCUUCUCUUGAGAGCCAGGUCUGCCUACGGCGGCCUUUCUCAAUAGCAAGGCUAUGCUCACUGAGUCUGUACAUAGUCAAAGCUUUCCUUCAUUUUGGGUCAGUCACAGUGGUCUCUCUCUCACUCUCUUUUUGUGUCUCUCUCUUUUUAUAUCUCUCUCUCUCUCCCUUUCUCUCAUUCACUUGCGUACAUCACUCAUAACGGUAGGAAAAACCCAGUGACGUUUCUCGUGCUCAUUAUUCUCAUCAAAAGGAUGUUCACGUUUCUCUCUCUGACGCGCGUGAACACCGGACGUCUGACGCCACCAGCGUCUCUUAUAAAAGUCACCGGGAGGGAUGAUCCCACCGCGAGCUCUUAGUUGAUCAUUACUUAGUUUUCAAGCAGGGUACCGGAGGAUAACGCACUGGGCCAGUGUCUAUCUGUACACCCAGCUCGUUGAGAAGCGGCUUUCACUUCAAGUGUCCGGUAAAGAGACAUUUCAGGUCUCAAUGUCAUCCGGUUCCUAUAGCGAAGACACACGGCUCAGCUCGAGCUAAAACAAGACAAGAUGACCGGUAUCCACCUGGAGGGACUGGCGGCGAUCGCCCUGUUCUACGUUCUGAUCCUGGCGGUGGGGAUCUGGGCAGCGUGGAAGAACAAGCACGCCGGGGAGGCGGAGGGCACGGACCGCAGUGAAACCAUCAUGGUCGGUGGCAGAGACAUUGGUUUAUUUGUUGGUGGUUUUACCAUGACCGCGACCUGGGUUGGUGGGGGAUACAUUAACGGAACAGCGGAGUACGUCUAUCUUCCGGGGUAUGGCUUGGCUUGGGCACAAGCGCCUUUUGGAUAUGCGCUAAGUCUAGUCGUAGGAGGUCUGUUCUUCGCCAAGCCCAUGCGUUCCAGAGGUUAUGUCACCAUGCUGGACCCUUUCCAGCAGAAGUAUGGCAAGAGGAUGGGCGGUCUGCUCUUCAUACCUGCUCUAAUGGGAGAGAUCUUCUGGUCUGCGGCCAUUUUAUCUGCUCUGGGAGCCACGCUGAGUGUGAUCAUAGAUAUAAACAUCAAGAUGUCUGUGGUGAUCUCUGCCUGUAUCGCCAUCUUCUACACGUUAGUCGGAGGUCUAUAUUCUGUGGCCUACACCGACGUGGUGCAACUCUUCUGUAUCUUCCUGGGACUGUGGGUUUCAGUACCGUUCGCUCUCAGCAACCCAGCGGUGUCCGACAUCAAGAUCAGUGCCGUGAAGGAGAUCUACCAAGCGCCCUGGAAGGGAAACAUCAAGAGAGAAGAUGCCUGGGUCUGGAUAGACAACUUCUGUCUGCUGAUGUUGGGGGGGAUUCCCUGGCAGGUAUAUUUUCAACGAGUUCUCUCUGCCUCUUCAGCUACGUACGCCCAGGUGCUCUCCUUCAUCGCCGCUGCAGGGUGCCUGGUCAUGGCAGUGCCCUCAGUAAUGAUCGGGGCUAUAGGGGCCUCCACAGACUGGAACCAGACUGCGUAUGGACCUGUACCUCCCAAGGAGAGGGACCAGGCAGACAUGAUAUUACCCAUAGUCCUCCAGUACCUCUGUCCUCCCUUCGUCUCCUUCUUCGGCCUGGGGGCGGUCUCUGCUGCCGUGAUGUCAUCCGCCGACUCCUCCAUCCUAUCAGCUAGCUCCAUGUUCGCUCGGAACAUCUACCAGCUGGCCUUCCGCCAAUCGGCAUCGGACACCGAGAUCGUGUGGGUGAUGCGCGUCACCAUCUUUGUGUUCGGCGGCCUGGCCACGGCGAUGGCGUUGCUAACGGGGACGGUGUACGGGCUGUGGUACCUGAGCUCCGACCUGGUCUACGUUAUCAUCUUCCCCCAGCUCAUCUCUGUUCUCUUCGUCAAGGGAACCAACACGUACGGUUCCGUCGCCGCCUACGUCUUUGGGCUGAUCCUGAGGAUCGGAGGAGGGGAACCCUACCUCUCGCUACCCCCUUUCAUCUACUACCCCGGCUGGCAGCUGGAGGACCGGAUCCAUCAUCUGACUGGAGAGGUGGAGCACAUCGUGGUGCAGAAAUUCCCCUUUAAGACCAUCUCCAUGUUGGCCUCCUUCCUGGGAAACGUGGCCUUCUCCUACCUGGCCAAGUAUCUGUUUGAGAGCGGCAAGUUGUUGCCCAAGUAUGACUUCUUGGACGCGGUGUUGGCCCAGCACAGUAUAGAGAACAUGGACAAGACCACGUUGGUCAACCGUAACAACAUCGUACUGUCUGAGAUGGCGCCUGUCAAACCGCGGCUCAGCGUUCAACUGGCGGCUACGUUCACACGCAGAGAUACUCUGGCUGAGGAAGACUCUAGUCCCGAAGACAGCCCCAACCACGAGAUCCUGGAAUAAACCCCCGGACCUUGAACGUCUGGGAACGUAAAGAGACUAAAGAGAGGACUGAAGUGACAGAGACUCAAAUACAUAUUUGAAUAGUUUUGAUAUUUAACCCCUUUGAUUUGAUCCCCAUCAUGGUGAGUUAUGAAGAUGGAACAGAAUAGAUGGCAUGGAGAUAUAAUGCCAUCUAUUGGGGCGGCAGUGUAGCCUAGUGGUUAGAGUGUAGAGGCGGCAGGUAGCCUAGUGGUUAGAGUGUUGGACUAGUAACCGAAAGGUUACAAGAUCGAAUCCCAGAGCCGACAAGGCUCGGGGAUCGUUCUGCCCCUGAACAAUGCAGUUAACCCACUGUUCCUAGGCCGUCAUUGUAAAUAUUAAUUUGUUCUUAGUUAAAUAAAGGUAAAAAAUACAAAUAAAUAAGAGGACAUUAUGAAGAUGGAACAGAAUCGUUGGCGUGGAGAUAAGAGGACAUCAUGAAGAUAGAACAGAAUCGUUGGCAUGGAGAUAAGAGGACAUUAUGAAGAUAGAACAGAAUCGUUGGCAUGGAGAUAAGAGGACAUUAUGAAGAUGGAGCAGAAUCGUUGGCAUGGAGAUAAGAGGACAUUAUAAAGAUGGAACAGAAUCGUUGGCGUGGAGAUAAGAGGACAUCAUGAAGAUAGAACAGAAUCGUUGGCAUGGAGAUAAGAGGACAUUAUGAAGAUGGAACAGAAUCGUUGGCAUGGAGAUAAGAGGACAUUAUAAAGAUGGAACAGAAUCGUUGGCGUGGAGAUAAGAGGACAUUAUGAAGAUGGAACAGAAUCGUUGGCAUGGAGAUAAGAGGACAUUAUGAAGAUGGAACAGAAUCGUUGGCAUGGAGAUAAGAGGACAUCAUUGGUGCAGUGUCGUUGACAUAAGAGACUAAUGUUGCUGCUGAACGUGUGCCACCGGUGGAGAACGGACCGCCAUGUUGCUACGUAUGAGACCAGAACUCUGUCUCCCUGGUUUCCGUCUGUGAUGACUUGGCCCCUGGGUCAUAAUGGGAUAAAGCAGUAAUCGUAUUGGGACAUGUACAGAGACUUAAAAAAAAAAAAAAAAACUAGUUUGAUCCGAUACAAACGGUAUUGAACCAGAAUGGACAGACAGCGUACAGAUGUAACGAUGACAGGAAAGCGAAAUAGUACUGAGUAUAAAGAUGAAAAUAGUUUGUCACUGUUAUUUUAGUUACAAACAGCAACACUUAGUCUUUAAUUUGACUGGUGAAUUAAGUUUUGGUCUGAAUGGGAAGUGUAAUGUUCUGAGACGUAUCGUAGACAGUUAAACAUCUCUAAUAAAAUAAGCAGAUGGACAAUAA